ACCAAUAAGCUUGUCGCAUAUUUUACUCUGAACUUGUAGAAUUACACGUGAUCGUCCAAGACGGAGAAAGAAAACUUACGAGAUAUACUAGUCUUAACGAAUCCCCAUGAAAGCAAAUUUUCAUCCAGACACUUACGCACGAAUCAAUGACUGGAUGAAACAGGAGAACCUCGCCGCAUUGACGAAGACAACCUUUCAAAAACCUUCUAUCCAGUGCGAACAGAUCCUUGACGUUGGUUGCGGGACGGGGGAAUUCACAAGGGAUAGGCUACUGCCCAGUCAUCAUUCGUGCAGCAAGAUUGUAGCCGUUGACGUAUUAUCAGCCAUGGUAGACCACGCGAGAAGAAAUCACGGACAUUCGCGCAUCAGCUACGAGGUCCUUGACAUAACCACGCCGGACGUGUCGGUAUUUCUGGAUGAACACGGAAAGUUUGACCGGAUUUAUUCCUUCCUCUGUCUGCAGUGGACAAGAGACCAGGAGGCGGCUUUCAGGAACAUCGGUAGGCUUUUAAAAGAAGAUGGAGAGUGUCUACUUUUUUUUUCCGCCCCAUUUUAUCUGUUCGACGUAUGGCUCGAGAUGGCCGGAAUGGAACGUUGGAAGGGCAUCCUUGGUGACCUCAAAGACAUCUUUCCAGACAUCUGGCAUCGCGAUCCGUCGCCAAGCCUGAGCGACCUUGAAAAUUCUCUUCGGAGACUAAUUGCCGACGCAGGAAUGACGACCCUCACUUGCGAGGUUUACUCGACGGAAGCCUACUACCCUACCCUUGAAGUCCUUCUGGGUAAGUUAUCCGUUCUUCUUCCAAUCGUCUUGGUGAAGUCGGGCACAUCAGAGAAGGAGACAUCGAGCAUGAGAAGCGAACUGUCGUCCAGGCUGAUGAAGAGGUUCAAGAUGACGCCCCGUGGUUGCAGCGUCCCCGUUGAUCUCUUUCUUUUCCACACAAAGAAGGUCGUCCGAGAAGGUCCUACCGAUGUGUAAAGCCAUAUGAAAGUUUAUAAAGUACUUUGAGGGACA